AUGUCAUCAAUUGAACAGUUUAUCGAACAAUCUCCUUUGCUUAUCCAAUCAUCAUUGUCGCAACUUCGAUAUUUGAUUUUAUGCGAAGGGUUGCCUGUGGCUACAAAUAAAAGAGAACAGAGGCUCCGGUCUAACGUUUGGUCAAUUCUAUCCCAGACCUCCAUGGAAAGGUCAACACAAUUGUAUAUGGCUCUAGUGCAACUGGGCCCUUGCCCUCCUGUUAUUUUACAAAAAAUCAAGAACGAUACAUUCAGAACAUUACAAACGGACCCCAUUUUUAAGAAGACAGUUUCAGAAGAGUCUCUGAUAAGAUGUCUUUCAUGUUUUGCAUGGCAGACACUACAGAGAGCAGAGGAAGAAGAACAUAUUAAUAAUUAUGAUGGAAAUGAUGCCAAUACGUCAUUGGAUGAAAAUAAUUCUUCAAGUUAUGCUAAUUCAAGAAAUAGAAACAAUAGACAAGUCAGCACAUAUGUUCAAGGCAUGAAUCUGAUAUUGGCACCGCUAUUAUACUCCUGUCCUUCAGAAUCCAUGGCUUUUCAAUUGUUUUCAUCACUAUGUUAUAAUAUAAUACCGACGUACAUUAACAGCAAUAUCUCAGGUGCACACAAUGGUGCCAAAUUACUAGAUAUAUGUUUAAAAAUCAUCGAUCCAAAAUUAAGCAAGUUUUUAAGUGAUAACCUGCUAACAGCAGAGAUAUACGGGUUGCCAUCUAUAUUGACACUCUCAAGUUGUAACAAACCAUUAGAUCAAGUAUGUAAACUAUGGGAUUUUAUGUUUGCAUAUGGCUUUCAUAUGAAUAUAUUAUUUGUGGUUUCACUAUUAGUAACCAACCGAGACAAAAUAAUGGAAUCAGAUUAUCCAAUGAAUUUGCUAACAAGAGAUAUGCCCAACUUUGAAGCUGAUGAGAUAAUAAGAUUGGGCGUAGGGUUUGUUGCAAGAAUCCCAUCUGAUAUAUAUACUUUACUAGUUGAGCAUCUAACAAAAUCCGAUCUCACCAUACCAUAUAACUACUAG